AUGCCCGCUCCCGCUACAACUUCAGGACGAAGCUCGACUACCAGUUCUAAUCAUCCUGGCCGGUCCGAGGAGGAUGAGGAGCUCCGGCCCUAUGUAAUUGGGAGUCAUAUUGGGAAGGGGAGCUUCGCGACGGUAUACAAAGGCUACAAUGAGGAGGACCACAAAACGGUCGCUAUCAAGACCGUCCUUCGCUCAAAGCUUUCGCCAAAGCUGUUUGAGAAUCUCCAGAGCGAAAUACAGAUCCUCAAGUCGCUAUCUCAUCGGCACAUUACCAAGCUCAUCGACAUUGUGCGGACGGAGCGUAACAUCUACCUCAUCAUGGAAUAUUGCGCGGGCGGCGACCUGACCAACUAUAUCAAGACACGAGGCAAGGUGGAAAGCCUCAAAUAUGCACCUAGUCCUGGAGCAGCUCUACAAUGGUACCCCCAUCCCAAGUCCGGUGGUUUGGACGAAAUCGUUGUGCGGAGUUUCCUUAGGCAACUUGCUCGGGCGCUCAAGUUCCUACGUAUUCGCCACCUCAAUCUCCUGCUAAAUCCUGCUCCACCAGAAGAGCUCGCUCGUGGGCACCCCAUCGGCGUUCCUAUCCUCAAAGUUGCUGACUUUGGCUUUGCGCGCUCGCUCCCGAAUGCUAUGAUGGCAGAGACACUAUGUGGUUCUCCUCUCUACAUGGCACCAGAGAUUCUUCGAUAUCAGAAGUACGAUGCGAAAGCCGACCUGUGGUCUGUGGGAGCCGUUCUUUACGAGAUGGCUGUUGGAAGACCACCAUUCCGAGCGGGGAACCACAUUGAGUUGCUGAAGAAGAUCGAACAGUCCAAAGCCAUUCGCUUCCCAGACGAAGACCCCAAAGUAAUUGCGAAGAAUCCCAACGAGCCUCCGCCGGUCGUGCCAGACGAUAUCAAGCGUCUGAUCAAGAUGCUUUUGAAGCAACUUCCAGCAGAGCGCGCUGACUUCCAGCAGUUCUUUGGUAGUAUGGCCCUUGCUAAAAGCAAGUUUCCACGACCAGAGCCCGAUGCCGAAGACGACGACAAUGCGCCUGCUGGAGGUAUUCCCGCUCAUCAUCUCAUCAUACCACCCGAGGUCCUCGAUCCAAAGGCCAUGAUUCCACCCAGCAAGUUCCAUUUCAGGGAGAGAGGGGAGAACGGCGAGCCACGAAUACCGGCCACUGCUGGAUUGCCAUCAUCUCCAAUAUCGACUUCUCCUCGAGACAGGGCACCUAUAUCGGACAAGACAAGGCGACCAUCGUUUCCUCAAAGUUCGAAACCAUUACGCGUUCUCUCUACAGAGGCCUCGAUUAUUCCUGGCGAGACAGAAGAGGACGGGAAGCUCCGACGGGAAUAUGUGCUCGUUGACGAUACCCAAGCUGUCGAGUUCAAUCGCGCGGUAGACGAACUCAAUACCGCGCCAAGGCGACCUCUACUCGAUCGAAGAAUACCUCAAACCCCAGCGACAGAAGAUCCUCCAGAAAGCCCGACAUCAUUUCCACCAGCCCCACAUGCAUAUCCUGUUAUUCCACCCCCUCCGCUCUCUUCGUCACCCUCAAGCAUUGCUUCCCGUGCUGCAGCCAACGCGCUCAAUCGCGCCUUGAGCAUUGCAUCGAAGAAGCUUUUUGGCGCCAAUCCUGCUCAUCGACGGUCGACCUCUUCACUUGCCUCGAAUGUCGGGGACCGGGAAAGUGCUCCACCGUCGCCGAGACGACCUCAUAUCAUAACACUGGAUAAUGAAGGCGAACGAGAUCCAUUGGAAGACGAGCUACUUGCGUCUUUGGAGAUUCUAGCCCAGAAGACGUUUGUUCUGACGAACUGGGCGGACGAGAUGUACGAAUACGUCAAAGCUGUGCCCCAGAAACCACUACCGGAUCCAAACAAGUUUGAGAAACGGGAAGGCGAGGGGGACAAGAACGCGCGGCGACGCAAGCAUGCAGAUAUGGAGGCGGAGUACAAUGCUGUGACUUGUGUCGCGGUAUAUAUGCUCCUGAUGUCCUUUGCUCAGAAGGGCAUCGACCAGCUCGCUCGACAUCAGGAACACAUGCGGAUGCGCCAUCCUGAUGGCGACUUUAUUGUCAGCGAGGGGUUUGACGAUGCUCUGUCUUGGUUUACGGACCAGUUCCAGAAAUGCUAUGAUAGGGCCACUCUUGUCAAGACAUGGCUUCCGGCAACUUAUGAUGGCGCGAAGAGUUGGCUCGACCAACUAGUUUAUGACCGGGCUCUUGUUCUGAGCCGAAGUGCUGCCCGCAAAGAACUCUUCAACCAGGCAACGUCGCCAGACGAAUGCGAGAAGCUCUACGAGGAAUCCUUGUGGUGUCUCUACGCGCUCCAGGACGACUUGCUUCAGACGGGUAACCCGUUUAUGGACGAGGACCGGACGACGAUCGACACGUGGAUAAAGCGGACGAAAUUGCGCCUGCAUCGAUGUCGCGUGCGAAUGGCAAUGACCGAUAAGGAACGACUAAACGACGUCCGCGCAGACAAUAACCUCGCUGACAUUGCACGAAUACCUGCGCCUUGGGAUGCAAAACCCACUGACGCGGUUGUACCACCACCUCUAUCUUGA